CUAGCUUCAUACAAACAGAGCUUUUGCCUUCAAUUAAAACUUCCUACAAAAAUAUGGCAAUCAGUAUGGGACACAUCCUCCGUGGUAAACAAGGCCUCAGAAGGUCCUCUUCAAGAACAAACAGAGAGAGUGAGGUUCCUAAGGGUCACUUUGCAGUUUAUGUAGGCAAGAGCGAGAAGAAGCGCUUUGUCAUUCCAGUUUCAUACUUGAAAGACAACUCAUUCCAAGAAUUGCUAAGUCAAGCUGAAGAAGAGUUUGGCUUUGAUCAUCCCAUGGGUGGACUCACAAUACCUUGUCCGGAGGAUACCUUCAUCGACAUCAUAUCUAGUAUGAGUAGAUCUUGAUAGACUUUAGACAACAUCGUAGGUUAUAUAGUUAGUCAGUAGAACAAUUUUGGAGAGCGAAUUACUCUUGUACAUAAUUCUAUGUCUUUUUUCGGGAAUUUUUCCUCUUGAUAUUGGAACAUACAUUUUUAUUUUAUCAGCACUUUUUCAUUCAUUACUUAUCCUCA